UGCCUGAGCAGGGGGUUGGAGUAGAUGACCUCCAAGGUCCCUUCUAACUUCAUCAUCAUUAUUAAAAAUACAAAUAUAUAUAGCAAUAAAAUAAUAUAUCUGAAAUAACAAAAAUAAAAAAUCAUUAAAGGGACAAUCAAACUACUGUACAAAUACAUAAUUUCACCCAAACCCACGUUGUAACAACCAGAGUUAAAUUGGGUCUGGAAGCAAAUUGUGACUGAAAGACUGUUUCCUAUUUACAAACUACCUGUAACGCUUGACCAGACAGAGAAUAGCCUCCCACAACAAAUUUUUAAAUUCAGGGGUGGGUAUAAGAACCACGUUUGCAACUUUUUAUUCUGAGUUCACUACUAGUCUUUUAGCAGAAGAUUUAAAGUGAGCACAAUGAUUUGAUUUUCAAAGAACUUUGGAUGUUAAAUAAUAAAUCAUAGAUAUUUUUAUAUGGUAAAUUCAAUGCCUAAUGGAAAAAAGUAUAAUUCCUGUGUAAAACAUACACAAAUUUCUACUCUGAGAAGUCUAUUUAGUUAUCAUAUGGAAUUAGAGAUUUCUUUUAGCUUAGUUCCUGAUCUUUGGUUACAUAGAUUCUUGAUGAAUUGAUUACAGGCCAUCAAAUGGGUAAGAUUUUCUCCAAGAUAAUCUCUUCUUUCACGAAAUCCAGAGGAUUAGUAUUUAAACAGAGACAUGAAGAACGAAGGGAUCGGCGCCAGCUCCGUUAAACCGAAUCCCUCAGUCCUCUACGCUCCCUUCUGCUCUAGCAACCCAGCAAACGAAGCGCCGGGAGAAACGCUUUACGCCUAGAGAGCAAGUCCCGUCUCCAGGAAGGGAGCAUGGAGGGAAGGAAGCUCUCUGCUCCAGCCAUCCUGCCGAAAUCCAGGGCGAGGCAGAGGGCGAGGCUUCCCCUCGUUCGCAGCCCCGGAUCCAACCUGCCUUUCCCUCCCGGAUUUCCAUCCUGCUUCAGUCUCUGCAUCUGACGGAGGCUGCUGCACUCACGAAGCUCUCCUUUUGCAAGGAAAGGUGUCAGCUGGAAAAGGAGCUACCAGGCGCCUUCCGACGUUCAGCCCCCGAUCCGCUGGACCCAGAGACUAAGGAGAGCCCCACCUUUUAGCGGAGCCUCCCCGACUUCCAUGCAGGGUGCAAGACCUAGGCAGGUGAAAGCGGGCGAUGAAGAGGGGCGACGCCGAGAUCAUCGGUCCUUUACCAGCAUCGCUGUCCCAGCUUCCGCCACUCUCUGCGAGCCCCGCCCUCCUCCGAAGAAGAGCAGUGGCGUAGAAAUUCCGGGAGGUCGGAAAAGGAAGGUCCCCUUUGAUUCUCUAACUACUAGGUCCCCUCUAGGAAGCACAUAUCUCUCGUUCUGGCUCCUUCUUGAGGCACGCGAGUCCAGGAGCGUUCAGGAAAUUGGCGGGAAGGAUUUGCUGUUGCUCUCCUCAGGCGGGUAAAGCCCGAGUGAGCGGAGACCCAUUUCUGCCCUCCUGCCAACCGGAGAAGGGGUUUCGGAGGGGCUGGGGGACAUUUGGGACUUCCUCGGGCUCCUUUUGGCUGCCCUCGAGCAGGAGAGCCGAUGGAGGCCCAGGGAUCUCCAGGGAUGGAGGCCGCCCUCAGCCCAGAGAUCCACCGCCGGCGUUUCCGCGGUCUCGACGGCUGCCGCCAGGAGGCCGAGGGGCCCCGGGAGCUUUGCAGCCGCCUGCACCGCCUGUGCCGCCAGUGGCUGCGGCCGGAGAGGAGCAGCAACGGGGAGAUGCUGGACCUGGUGGUGCUGGAGCAGCUGCUGGCCCUGCUGCCCGCGGAGAUGGCGAGCUGGGUGAGGGAGUGCGGAGCCGAGAGCUGUUCGCAGGCGGUGGCCCUGGCCGAAGGCUUCCUCCUCAGCCAAGCCCAGCGGGAAGAGCCGGGAAAGGGGCAGGAGCCGUUCACAGAGAUUUCAGCAGAGCUCCGGGGCAGAGGAGAUCCAUUCCCCUCUAUUCAGGAGCUGUUUUUCUGGAGGAUCCAAUUCUGGCCACUUUGCCAGAGCUCUGAUCCCUUUGAGGAGGUGACUGUGGACUUCACAGAUGAGGAGUGGAGGCUGCUAGAUUCUGGCCAGAAGGCCUUGUGCAGAGAAGUCAUGCAGGAGUUUUCUAGGAAUAAGGCUGCUCUGGAUGGUGUGUCUCUGAAUGAGAACGAUAAGGAGACAAGGUUAAAUCUACGUGAAAUAAAGAAGAAUGAUGUAAAAGUAAUCCUUGGCCAUCAGAGGGACACGAAAAGUUUAAAGAGAAAACAGCCAGAAGAUGGAGGGGAAAAGUCAUCCGCUGCUCUUGGUAUUUGUGGCUUCCUAUCCCAGCAAGAUCAGAAAGAAAUGAGAAAAGGAAAACAUAGAAAAAAAGAAAACAUGAAUUUGAAUUACAUAACUAUGGCAGAAUCCACACUAAAAAAAACCUGCAUGCCUCUAGACACUAUGGAGAAUAACACCUUCACUUCUACUCCACCAGAGAAACUGUACUGGAAAUGCAAACCACAUACAUCUGUAAAAACUGGAGGGGAUUCCAGUCUGAGUAGAAAGAGGAAAGUCUGCAUGCAGUGUGGAAAGAAUUUCAGUAACAACAGUAAUCUUAUUUGCCACCAAAGGAUCCACACAGGGGAGAGACCAUAUAAAUGCAUGGAAUGUGGAAAGACCUUUACCCAGAAAGGAGAUCUUAAUCGUCACAAAAGGAUCCACACUGGGGACAGACCUUAUAAAUGCACGGAAUGUGGAAAGAGUUUCAUUAGCAACAGUAAUCGUAUUUGUCACCAAAGGAACCACACCGGGGAGCGACCAUAUAAAUGUACGGAAUGUGGAAAGACCUUUACCCGGAAAGCAUAUCUUCAUCUUCAUGAAAGGAUACACAAUGGGGAGAGAACAUAUAAAUGCAUGGAAUGUGGAAAGAGCUUUAUUCAGAAAGAAAAACUUAAUCACCAUAAAAAGAUCCACAUAGAGGAGAGAUCUUAUAAAUGCAUGGAAUGUGGAAAGAGCUUUAUUCAGAAAGGAAAUCUUAAUCGUCACAAAAGGAUCCACACUGGGGACAGACCUUAUAAAUGCAUGGAAUGUGGAAAGAGCUUUACCCAGAAAGGAGAUCUUAAUUGUCACAAUAGGAUCCACACUGGGGACAGACCGUACAAAUGCACGGAAUGUGGAAAGAGCUUUACCCGGAAAGGAGAUCUUAAUCAUCACAAAAGGAUCCACACUGGGGACAGAGCAUAUAAAUGCACAGAAUGCGGAAUGACCUUUACCUGGAAAGGAGAUCUUAAUCAUCACAAAAGGAUCCAUACUGGGGACAGACUUUAUAAAUGCAUGGAAUGUGGAAAGAGCUUCAUUAGCAACAGUCAUCUUACUUGCCACCAAAGGACUCACAGUGGGAAGUGACCAUAUAAGUGGAUAGAUGGAAAAAGCUAUACUGAGAAAGCUCAUCUUAAUUGUCAUCAAAGGAUCCACACUGGGGAUAGACCCAACCCGCCAAAAGAAUCACCGGGAGAAACGCUUUACGCCUCGAGAGCAACGGAGACCCACUUCUGCCUUCCUGCAAACCGGAGAAGGCGUUUCGGACCGUCUCGGUCUUCUUUUGGUUGCCCUCGAGCAGGAGACCCGACGGAGGCCCAGGGAUCUCCAGGGAUGGAGGCCGCCCUCAGCCCAGAGAUCCUCCGCCGGCGCUUCCGCGGUCUCGACGGCUGCCGCCAGGAGGCCAAGGGGCCCCGGGAGCUUUGCAGCCGCCUGCACCGCCUGUGCCGCCAGUGGCUGCGGCCGGAGAGGAGCAGCAAAGGGGAGAUGCUGGACCUGGUGGUGCUGGAGCAGCUGCUGGCCCUGUUGCCCGCGGAGAUGGCGAGCUGGGUGAGGGAGUGCGGAGCCGAGAGCUGUUCGCAGGCGGUGGCCCUGGCCGAAGGCUUCCUCCUCAGCCAAGCCCAGCGGGAAGAGCCGGGAAAGGGGCAGGAGCUGUUCACAGAGGAGAUCUCAGCUGAGCUCCGCGGCAGAGGAGAUCGAUCCAGUUCUAUUCAGGAGCUGUUUUUCAGGAGGGCCCAAUUCUGGCCACUUUACCAGAGCUCUGAUUCCUUUAAGGAGAUGACUGUGAACUUCACGGAUGAGGAGUGGAGGCUGCUAGAUUCUGGCCAGAAGGCCUUCUGCAGAAAAGUCAUGCUGGAGAUUGCUGGGAAUAUGGUUGUUCUGGAUGAUAUAUCUGUGAAUGAGAACAGCAAGCAGGGAAGGUUAAAUCUACUCCAAAUAGUGAAGAAUGAAUUACAAGUACAAACCCUAGGCCAUCAAAGUGACACCAAAAGGCUAAAGAGAAACAAGCCAGAAGAUGGUAUGGAGAAGUCAUCCUCUUCUCUUCCUGUUGGUAUUUGUGGCUUCCUAUCCCAGCAAGAUCAGAGGGAAAUGAGAAAUUGUGGGGGGGAUUCCAGUCUGAGCAAAAAGAGGAAUUUGUGCAUGCAGUGUGGAAAGUGUUUCUCUAGCAAAGGUAAUUUUAAUCGCCACCAAAAAAUCCACACUGGGGAGAGACCAUAUAAAUGCAUGGAAUGUGGAAUGACCUUUACUAGGAAUGGAAAUCUUAAACGUCACGAAGUGAUGCACUCCGGAAAGAGACCAUAUAAAUGCAUGGAAUGUGGAAAGAACUUUACCCGAAAAGGAUGUCUUAAUCUUCAUAAAAGGACGCACACUGGAGAGAGAUCAUAUGAAUGCAUGGAAUGUGGAAAGACCUUUAUCCAGAAAGGACAUUUUAGUCUUCAUCAAAGGAUCCAUACUGGAAAGAGACUGUAUAAAUGCACAGAAUGUGGAAAGAGUUUCAUUUGCAACAAUAAACUUAAUCGCCACCAAAAGAUUCACAUCAUAGAGAGACCACAUAAAUGCAUGAAAUGUGGAAUGACCUUUACAUGGAAAGAACAUCUUAAUCUCCACCAAAAGAUCCACACAGGGGAGAUACCAUAUAAAUGCAUGGAAUGUGAAAAGACCUUUAUCCAGAAAGUACAUCUUAAUCUUCAUCAAAGGAUCCAUACUGGGGAGAGACCAUAUAAAUGCACGAAAUGUGGAAUGACCUUUACCAGGAAUGGAAAUCUUAAUCGUCACGAAAAGAUACACUCUGGGGAAAGACCAUAUAAAUGCACAGAAUGUGGAAAGAGCUUCAUUAGCAAAAAUAGACUUAAUCGCCACCAAAAGAUUCACACUGGGGAGCAAUCAUAUAAAUGCAUGGAAUGUGGAAAGAUCUUUAUCAGAAAAGGAUAUCUUAAUGUUCAUAAAAGGAUGCACACUCGAGAGAAAUCAUAUAAAUGCAUGGAAUGUGGAAGGACCUUUAUCCAGAAAGGAAAACUUAAUCUUCAUCAAAGGAUCCAUACUGGGGAGAGGCCAUAUAAAUGCAUGAAAUGUGGAAUGACCUUUACCAGGAAUGGAAAUCUUAAUCGCCACCAAAAGAUUCACACUGGGGAGCAAUCAUAUAAAUGCAUGGAAUGUGGAAAGAUCUUUAUCAGAAAAGGAUAUCUUAAACUUCAUAAAAGGAUGCACACUGGAGAGAGAUCAUAUAAAUGCAUGGAAUGUGGAAAGAUCUUUAUCCGAAAAGGAUAUCUUAAACUUCAUAAAAGGAUGCACCCUGGAGAGAGAUCAUAUAAAUGCAUGGAAUGUGGAAAGACCUUUAUCCAUAAAGGAAAACUUAAUCUUCAUCAAAGGAUCCAUACUGGGGAGAGACCAUAUAAAUGCAUGAAAUGUGGAAUGACCUUUACCAGGAGUGGAAAUCUUAAUCGUCACGAAAAGAUGCACUCUGGGGAGAGACCAUAUAAAUGCACAGAGUGUGCAAAGAGUUUCAUUAGCAAGAAUAGACUUAACCUCCACCAAAAGAUUCACACUGGGGAGCAAUCAUAUAAAUGCAUGGAAUGUGGAAAGAUCUUUGCCCGAAUAGAAUAUCUUAAACUUCAUAAAAGAAUGCACACUGGAGAGAGAACAUACAAUUUCAUGGAAUGUGGAAAGAACUUUACUCAAAAAGAAAAACUUAAUCGUCAUGAACCACAGGACUCUUAUCAGGGUUUUUUCCCCAAAGUUUCCAACCUCUUGUCAGAGUGGCAUCCACACAGGAUAAAAUUGGAAAUACCUGAGAAGUGGAACAACAUCCACUCUGUGGAGAAACGUUAUAAAUGCUCAGAAUCUGGAGUUUUAUUCGAAAAGAAGAAAAAUUCUCAUGAAAGGAUCCACACAGAGGAUAAACCAUAUACAUGCCUGGAAAUAUCCUUACAGGAGAAACCAUACAAAAGCCUGGAGUGUGGAAAGAGCUUUUUUGCUAAAAGCGCCCUUACUGAUCACCAGUGUCCACAUGAAAGAAACCAUAUAUAUGCACAGAAGGAGAUUCAUUUCUGCCCUCCUGCAAACCGGAGAAGGGGCUGCGGAGGGGCUGGGGGACAUUUGGGACUCUCUCGGGCUCCUUUUGGCUGCCCUCGAGCAGGAGACCCGACGGAGGCCCAGGGAUCUCCAGGGAUGGAGGCCGCCCUCAGCCCAGAGAUCCACCGCCGGCGCUUCCGCGGUCUCGACGGCUGCCGCCAGGAAGCCGAGGGGCCCCGGGAGCUUUGCAGCCGCCUGCACCGCCUGUGCCGCCAGUGGCUGCGGCCGGAGAGGAGCAGCAAAGGGGAGAUGCUGGACCUGGUGGUGCUGGAGCAGCUGCUGGCCCUGCUGCCCGCGGAGAUGGCGAGCUGGGUGAGGGAGUGCGGAGCCGAGAGCUGUUCGCAGGCGGUGGCCCUGGCCGAAGGCUUCCUCCUCAGCCAAGCCCAGCGGGAAGAGCCGGGAAAGGGGCAGGAGCCGUUCACAGAGGAGAUUUCAGCAGAGCUCCGGGGCAGAGGAGAUCAAUCCAGCUCUACUCAGGAGCUGUUUUUCAGGAGGACCCAAUUCUGGCCACCUUGCCAGAGCUCUGAUUUCUUUAUGGGGGUGACUAUGGACUUCACGGAUGAGGAAUGGAAGCUGCUAGAUUCUGGCCAGAAGGCCUUGUGCAGAGAAGUCAUGCAGGAGUUUUCUAGGAAUAUGGCUGCUCUGGAUGAUGUUUCAGUGAAUGAGAACAGCAAGCAAACAAGGUUAAAUCUACUUCAAAUAGAAAAGAAUGAAUUAAAAGUACUAACGCUUGGGCAUCAGAGAGACACCAAAAGGCUAAAGAGAAAACAGCCAGAAGAUGGAGUGGAGAAGUCAUCCACUUCUCUUGGUGUUUGUGGCUUCCUAUCCCAGCAAGAUCAGAAAGAAAUGGGAGAAGGAAAAUAUAGAAAAAAAGAAAACAUGAAUUUGAAAUACAUAACUAUGGUGGAAACCAGACCAAAGAAAAACUGCAUGCCUGUAGAUACUAUGGAGAAUAACUCCUUCGCUCCUGCUUCACCAAAGAAAUUAUAUUGGAAAUGCAAACCACAUACCUCUGUAAAAUCUUUGGUGGAUUCCAGUCUGAGCAGAAAGAGGAGCCUCUGCAUACAGUGUGGAAAGAGUUUCAGUAGGAAAACUAAUCUUAAUCGCCACCAAAAGAUCCACACUGGGGAGACACCAUAUAAAUGUAUGGAAUGUGGAAAGAUCUUUACCUGGAAAGAAGGUCUUCAACUUCAUGAAAGGAUCCACACUGCAGACAGGCCAUAUAAAUGUACCCAAUGUGCAAAGAGUUUCAUUCGCAAGAGUAAUCUUAUUUGCCACCAAAGGAUCCACACUGGGGAGCGACCCUAUAAAUGCAUGGAAUGUGGAAAGACUUUUAUCCAGAAAGCAAUACUUAGUCGUCACAAAAGGAUCCACACUGGGGAGAGACCCUAUAAAUGCAUGGAAUGUGGAAAGACCUUUACCCAGAAAGGACAACUUAAUGAUCACGAAAGCAUCCACACUGGGGAGAGACCAUAUAAAUGCAUGGCAUGUGAAAAAACCUUUAUCCGGGAAAGACAACUUAAUCAUCACAAAAGGAUUCACACUGGGGAAAGACCAUAUAAAUGCAUGGAAUGUGGAAAGAUCUUUACCUGGAAAAAUAGUCUUAAACUUCAUGAAAGGAUCCACACUGGGGACAGGCCUCAUAAAUGCACCCAAUGUGCAAAGAGUUUCAUUAGCAAGAGUAGUCUUAUUUGCCACCAAAGGAUCCACACUGGGGAGCAACCUUAUAAAUGUAUGGAAUGUGGAAAGACCUUUACCCGGAAAGGACAUCUUAAUAAUCACAAAAGGAUCCACACUGGGGAGAGACCAUAUAAAUGUAUGGAAUGUGGAAAAUUCUUUACCUGGAAAAAUAGUCUUAAAGUUCAUAAAAGGAUCCACACUGGGGAGAGACCGUAUAAAUGCAUGGAAUGUGGAAAGUGCUUUCUUGAGAAAGGACAUUUUAGUGUUCAUCAAAGGAUCCAUACUCGGGGGAGACCGUAUAAAUGCAUGGACUGUGGAAAGACCUUUACCCAGAAAGGAGAGAUGAAUCGUCAUGAAAGGAUCCAUACUGGGGAGAGACCGUAUAAAUGUACAGAAUGUGGAAAGAGUUUCAUUAGCAACAGGACCAAAAGAGAGAGACCACAUAAAUGCAUGACGUGUGGAAAAACCUUUACCCAGAAAGGACAUCUUAAUGAUCACGAAAGGAUCCACACUGGGGAGAGACCAUAUAAAUGCAUGGAAUGUGGAAAGACCUUUAUCAAGAAAGGAGAUAUUAAUCGUCAUGAAAGGAUCCAUACUGGGGACAGACCAUAUAAAUGCAUGGAAUGUGGAAAAAGUUAUAUUAGGAACAGUCAUCUUAUUUGCCACCAAAGAACUCAGAGUGGGAAGCAACCAUACAAGUGCAUAGACUGGUCACCAAAGUAUCCACAGGGAAACCACCCGACAAAUGUAUAGAGUGGUG